AUAAUUAAAAUAAGUUACGAUUUAGGAAAUUGAAUAAUGAUUGGCAAUACGGAGGAUGAAACAAAUAAUUCUCAUUUGAAUUCCAUUUCAUCUCUUGAAACAUGUAAACGUCACUCCAACAAAAACUGUGAUAAAACUGAGACGUCCUUUCACACUACUUUGGAUGACGGUGAUGAUCAAUGUUGGGCCGAAGAUGAAAUGAGUAGUGGUGAAACUCAAUUACAUGUGGUAAAACGAAAACGUCGUCAUAGUGUGGCACAUAGAAAUUUAAAAUAUAAUAAAAGGUCACGAGAAAAACAUAUGUCAAGUUCUAGUGAUUUUUCGAGUUCCAAAAAUGCUUUUCAUAAACCUAAAAGACCGAGAAAAAAGAAAAAAAUAUCUAAUAAUGAUAGAGCUACGACGUCUCGAUUAUCAACUAGCGAUUCCAGAAAUAUUUCCAUUAAAUCUCAACGUGGUUCUAAAUUUAGAUUUUUUAGUAAUAAAAAGAAAUGAACUCUUGUUUUAAUAAUUAAGUAAA